AAGAGCGGUUGCAGGUCCAGAGUCAAGUAGUUGGUAAAGUAGGAGCAAAGACGGGAGCAGGAUGAUUAGACCUCUACUGCGGCCAGCUGGGCUCGGACAAUUCCUUCUGCUGUGGCUGCUGCUGCCCCCAGUGCCUGUGCCCAGGGUGGAGGCUCAGAGGACCUGGCCCUCGUUCUGUCCCGUGGUCUGCGAGCCGAUGCGUUGUCCCCCGCUGCCCACCUGCUCCGCGGGGGCGACGCCAGUGCUUGACCGCUGUCGCUGCUGCCGCGUGUGCGCCGCCACCGAGGGUGAGGUCUGCGGCGGGGCGCUCAGUAGACCCUGCGCCCCGGGGCUGGAGUGCAGCGCGCCGCUCAGCACCCCGCGCCUAGGUGGCGCCCGGCUGGGCACCUGUGGCUGCUCGGCGGCGGGGGCUGCGGUGUGCGGCAGCGACGGGCGCACCUACCCCAGCCUGUGCGCGCUCCGCGCCAAGAACCGCGCUGCGCGCCGCCGUGGCGCGCUCCCGGCGGUGCCGGUGCAGAAGGGGGACUGUGGGGAUCCAGGGCCCAGAAGCGCUGGCUGGCUCAGGAACAAGUACAACUUCAUCUCCGCUGUGGUGGAGAAGGUGGCGCCAUCCGUGGUUCACUUGCAGCUGUUCCGCAGGUCACCUCUCAGCAUCAGGGAUAUUCCUGUAUCCAGUGGCUCUGGGUUCAUAGUGUCUGAGGAUGGGCUCAUUGUUACCAAUGCCCACGUCCUCAACAACCGGCAGCGAAUCCAGGUGGAGCUCCAGAGUGGGGUCCAGUAUGAAGCCACUGUCAAGGACAUUGACCAUAAAUUGGAUCUUGCAUUGAUUAAGAUUGAGCCAAAGACUGACCUUCCUGUAUUGCUGCUGGGAAGGUCAUCUGACCUGCGGGCUGGAGAGUUCGUGGUGGCCUUGGGCAGUCCGUUUUCUCUGCAGAACACAGUGACUGCAGGAAUUGUCAGCAGUACACAGCGAGGGGGCAAAGAGCUGGGGCUGAAGGAUUCAGACAUGGACUAUAUCCAGACGGACGCCAUAAUUAAUCACGGGAAUUCUGGCGGGCCUUUAGUGAACUUGGAUGGUGAUGUGAUUGGCAUAAAUACACUGAAGGUGACUGCAGGAAUCUCCUUUGCAAUUCCUUCAGAUCGAAUUCGACAGUUCUUGGCGGAAUUCCAUGAGCGCCAGUUGAAAGGAAAGGCUCUUUCACAGAAGAAAUACCUGGGUCUGCGAAUGCUGCCCCUCACUAUGAACCUCCUUCAAGAAAUUAAAAGACAAGAUCCAGAUUUCCCUGAUGUGAGUUCUGGGGUUUUUGUAUACGAGGUGAUUCAAGGGACAGCUGCUAAAAGCUCUGGGUUGAGAGACCACGAUGUAAUCGUCAGCAUAAAUGGGCAACCUGUUACCACCAUAACCGACGUUACUGAAGCUGUUAAGGACAAUGAUUCCCUUUCCAUCAUGGUUCGUCGGGGAAGUCAAACUUUGAUCCUGCCAGUCACACCUGAAAUAAUUGAUUAAGUAUCUUGCUUUAAAGAGAAAUUAUCUGACAAAACCAAAGCUAUAUUACCUGGUUUGUAUUGAAGAUGUGCCAAAGAUAUGGCAAGAGGUCUUAGGAUCUCUUUCUUAAUAAGGAAAAAUGAAUGCUUUAAAACACACACACACACACUCAGGGACCAUUAGGUUGGGGGUGCUAUCCUGCUGCUAAGAAGCCUUACUAAGCAAGUGGAAGAAGGACAUGGUGCCAGGAAGUCUGAAGAACUGAUAGAAUUUUAUUUAAAGAUAGGAAACAACUGAAAAAUAGGUAAUUUCUAAUUUACCUUUGACAGAAGGGCACUUUAGUAUUUUAAAACUUCUCUAUGGCCACAAACUGGAUAAUCUCUCUCUCUCACGCACACACACACACACACACACACACACACACACACACACACACAAAUAUUAAGAAACAACCUGAAUCCAGAGUGCAAAGGAAAUAAAAUUUUUAAUAAUAUUCCUUUAGGUAAUUAGUUUUUCAGGUUGUAUCACAUUUGGCUAGGGUUUGUGGAUACAAAGGUGGGGCAUCGCUUAGAAAUCAAAUUGAAACUAACAAUUGCCACAGAGGAAUACUAAAUAUUUGCAAGUUAUCACUCUAGCAGAGGAAACAACUUUGGUCUCCAACAGCUUUUCUGACUGUGAGAAGGGCUCCUACAAAACAGAUAUUUCAAUAAAUGACAGAAUUUUGCCUUUUUACCCAAGCUCUUCCUCUUGGCAACAUUCAUGAUUUGAGUAUGCAAGCUGCCAAAGUGCUGUUUUCUUUUUUUUUAAAAAGAACAUAGUUUUUGAUGGGGUUUGUGAUUACCCUUAAAGAGAUUAAAAAAAAAAUGUGUGAGAUAAGGCAAAAUUUGUGGCUUAACAUAUUAUUUUGGGUAAGAUUUUAAUUUUGUUUUCUGGACUUCUCUUAGUAGUGAGGGUUUUUGUUUUUGUUUUGUUUUUUUUUCAACAUGGUAUCGUUAGACCCCCUUAAAAUUUUAUGGGUUUGUACAUUUUUCUGCAGAGAGGUUCCAGUUUCUUCAUGACUCACAACAAUUUAAAAAAGACUGCCUUAGAGUAUAGAGAUUAUGAAUACAAAUCUACCAGGUAUUGCUGUUAUAAACAAGGUUAAAGUCAAUGUGGUACAGACCUUUCAAGACAGAACAGAAUAAUCUGCUUUAAUUUUUAUACAAUUGCCACCAUUUAAUCAUAUAAGAACAAUGAUCACAUUAAUCAGGGGUAAUAAAGCUAAAACUUUUAGGAAAGCUGUAUCAUGAUGAUAGAGCAUAUCCAGAGUUAUUUUAACUGUGCUUCUUGGUCUUUAAGUCAAUUAUUAUGAAAGCAAAUUUUGAGCAGUUCUACCUUGAUUGUUUCUAGAAUUUAUAAGUUGUUCCCAAGAGCAGGAUUAGUUUGACUUACCCCAAAAGUUCCCCUUUUACUUUAUAUUUGACCAUGCUUUUCAAUUUAGGUUGCAAAGGAAGGGAACUAAGUUUUUCAAAUCACUUAUAAUUCAAAACAUUUCCUUUAUUUUCAGUGAUUUGGGAGUGCCAAAGCUUGGUUGUGUCUCUUUCCCUAUGGCUGACUGCCCACAGUGAGAGCUUCUGGUACCAUGGUUAUUUUGACAGAAAGUGCUCAGUUUCUCUUUGUCCCCAUAAAAUCACAUCCUAACUCUAUCCAGCACUCAGUAAUAAUAUCCUUUAAGUAAGAGUCUGUUUUUCUUUCCAAGGGCAUGAGGCUCCUCACCUUAUCUUACCUAAUCAUGAAGAAUGGUUUUAUAGUCACUUGUAUGUUUUUUUUUUUUUUAACCAGCC